AUGGCAGUCGAUCCAUGUCAGAAUGCUCGACAUAGGCCAGCAUUACGUCCAUUCCCUCACCCACACUUUUUGUCUUCUUUUCACUCUAGGGCUUUAAAUUUAAUUAGACGAACAGUAUGGCUGUGGGACAGUGAAGCGUCAGUGUCAACAUUGAUGUUGCUGUCUUUGAUGCUGGUGAUGAUGACAUCUUUCUUCGGAAGUCACGUGGAAACGAAAUCUACAACAAACACACGGUUGCAGUGGGGUGAAUCUGGUCAAGUUCCGGAAAACCCCAUCCUUAUUGGGGACCAUCACAUGGGUCAACAGGAAUUGACCAUGUUAGCCCACCACUUUUCAUUUCAUAUAACUGUCAUGAGGAUCACGAAUUUGUAUAGAGUGGGUGAAGCCAUUAGUGAAUACCAAAAGGGGACAAGGCCUCUGAAAUCUGCUAAUGGCUCUCACCAAGAUGAAGGAGAAGAAACGCCGUUCCUAAACGGUUUUCGUGAAAACUUGGACCAACGUUGUACCGAUUGGAACCAGCAUAAUGCACCUCUGCCGAGGUCAGUCCACCUUCAGAAGAGCUGA